UGGGGUGGGAUUGCGGUGGGAGCGGCGGCGGCGGCGCGUGCAGGGCGCGCGGGGAGGCGGGCCCGGCGGCGUUAAACCUCCCCCGGGCCAUGUCCCGGGCGGCCUGAGCGGGGCCAGCCCCAUGCGGCGCCGGUAGCGCCCGUCAGCGAGCGUAGCCGAGCGCAGCGCUAUGGCCGACGCGGUGCCCGCUGAACCGGGGCCGGAGCCCCAGUGCGAACCGGAGCUUCGCUCCGAGCCCGAGGCGCGGCCGGAGCCGCAGUCCGAGCCCGAGCCGCAGCCCGAGCGCGGAGAGGCGCCGACGGAGGACGGCGAUGCCGGGCGGCUGCCGCCCCCCGGGGCGGAGGCGGCGGCGGGCGGCGCCGAGGGGCGGCCGCCGGCGGGUGGAGCGGGGCGUCCCGGCCUGGGCCCGCGGUACCGGGCCGUGGGACGCACCGAGGAGUGGCCGGUGAAGAAGAAGCACCGUCGGCGGCCGUCGAAGAAGAAGCGGCGCUGGAAGCCGUACUCGAAGCUGAGCUGGGAGGAGAAGCAGCAGUUCGACGAGCGGCAGAGCCUCCGCGCCUCCCGGCUGCGAGCGGAGAUGUUCGCCAAGGGGCAGCCGGUGGCUCCCUACAACACCACGCAGUUUCUCAUGGAGGACCAUGACCAGGAGGAGCCCGACCUGAAAACCGGGCUGUACCCGCGGCGAGCGGCCGCCAAGUCGGACGACACGAGCGAGGAGGAUUUCCUGGACGACGCGGCGGACGAGGACGGGGGCAGCGACGGGAUGGGGGGGGACGGCAGCGAGUUUCUGCAGAGGGACUUCUCGGAGACGUACGAGCGGUACCAUGUGGAGAGCCUGCAGAACAUGAGCAAGCAGGAGCUGGUGAAGGAGUACCUGGAGCUGGAGAAGUGCCUGUCGCGCAUGGAGGAGGAGAACAACCGGCUGAGGAUGGAGAGCAAAAAAGCCGGGGGGGAGGCGGCGGACCCGGCGCGGGUGCAGGCGCUGGAGCGGGAGGUGGACAGGCUGCGAGCCGAGAACCUGCGGCUGCUGCGGGAGCAGGAGCUGCCCCGGCAGGAAAAGGGCCCCUGCAAGCCGGGGGAGUGACACUGGGCAGGGGGGCGCGGGGGGGUUUUUACAGUGCUGGGUGGAACAUUCGGUCCUUGUACAGAGUCGCCGCGGACCCUUUUUAUGGGCUAAACUGCAGCUGGGUGGGCCGAGGGCUCCCCCUUUUUUAGGUGGCUGUGACGGGGCGAGGGGGGGUUGAUGUAUUGGUGAUAUCUGGUUUAUGGUUUUAUUUUUUUUUUGUGUCUAAACCAAAAAAAAAAAAAAAAUCCCCAGGAAAGCUGUAAAUUGGCCAAAACUGACUAUAAAAAAUACAGAGGUCUAAUAAAUUUAAUUACUUGUAA